CCCAGCAAGUCCGUCAUCUCCCUGACCUUCACACUGCCCCCUCCGCCGUACUGCGAUGACAUACCGGCGGCUGACGCAGAGGAAACUGAGAAGUCGCGGGGGCACCGGCGCUGCCACUCGCUGCCCUGCACGCCGCCCUGCACGCCGCCUCCUCACCUCAUGUCAGCGCCGAACUGUCUUCACCGAGGAGCUGACGUUUGAGACGGACACCUUAAAAGACACGAGCGAGGGGGAGGGGAGGAGUCUGGCUGCAGGGGAUUCGGGGCUUCCGCUGUCUCUGGAUUCGCCGUCGCUGAACCUGCUGGACGCAAAAGAGGAGCGGGAGGAGGAGCCUAUGGAUUGCAGCAGCUCACCGGACACACAGGAUGCAUCUUCUCCUUACUCCAAACCGCCUACACCUCCCUCCCAGUCCUCGACGCCCUUCCAGCCCUCCACACCUCCCCUUUCAAAUGGCUGGGGUUCAGCUGUCUCCAAUGGGCCCCCCUGCCUUCCGCCUCUCCCCAGCUUGGACAACCACAACGUCGUCGUGAGCCGACCUCUCGGCUGGACCGCUGCUGCCAAGUCCCCCAACAACAACAGCUACCACUCCCCUCCCAGCGACCCCGCCGGGUCCUCCCUGUUUGGCUCCGGCAGCGGACAGUCUCUGGACCAGGAGGAGGUGAUCUCCUGUCCCGGCUGCUACGUCCCCCAGCAUUGGCUGACUGAAGACGAGGAUUUCUGCAACCAGCAGAGGACCUUCAGUGGGGAAAAGGAGGAACCAGAACUUCCAAAGUCUAAUGAGGAGCCGGAGGAUCCAGAACCUCCACAGAUUGAAGAGGAGCUAGGAGAGCUCCGCAUCAGUCAGGAUGAAGAGCAGCUUUAUCUGAGCAGGAGACUGAUACCAAUGAGGACAAUGAGGACAGUGAGGCAGAUCUUAACAAUCAGCAGAGUUUUGAUGUAA